AUGUUCUCCCGGACGAAUAGCGACCUACCUAGUUGGCUUCCCCUCCUCUUUAUACCGACCAACGCAUCGCCGGCCUUCAUCUUUCUCUUCUUCGUCUGCACAUAUUUUCUACACCGUCCGUGUGUAUACUGCAGCAUAUUGCUCAUUAUCCUAUUUCUCACGAGUUGCAACUGGUCCGACAGAUGUUUCUUCGACUACAAUAGCAACUGGUUCCUGCCGCGGUCAAGUAAUCCGCUGGAGGAAGCCUCCUCGUGUACUAAACUGAACUGCUCUACCUCACAAAACGGCGACGCAGACUUGUACAAUGGGGCCGUAUUCCAGAUUCUCAAUUCCACGGCAGCUACGCUCGCAAAUGUUGCGGUAUCUAAGCCGGAGUGGACGGGUUUGGGGUUAGGGUGGCUUAGAAACCUCCUCGGACAACGCGAGUGGCAGAUUGAAUGUAUGGAUAUCUAUAUUCGACUAUAA